GAUCCACUCAUCUACAAUGCCCAUCGCUUUGGGCCUCGAAGGCUCAGCCAACAAGAUUGGCGUCGGCGUGAUCCUCCAUUCGACUCCAUCGCCGCCAUCUCCUCAUGAUAGUGCUCACUCCGACGACGAGCAGGUCUCCUCGAAACGACCUCUAGCCCAGCCUGUUGAGAUCCUCGCAAAUCUUCGCCACACCUUCGUAGCGCCGCCUGGAGAGGGCUUUCUUCCGAAAGAUGUUGCCAACCACCACAGACGAUGGGUCGUUCGCCUCAUCAAGCAGGCUAUCAGCCAAGCCGGCGUAACUCUCGACGAUGUUUCCUGUAUCUGCUUUACGCAAGGACCCGGUAUGGGCGCUCCACUCUCCUCCGUGGCCAUGGCCGCGCGAAGUCUGGCUCUGCUUUGGAACAAGCCUCUGAUUGGCGUCAAUCAUUGCGUCGGACACAUUGAGAUGGGAAGGACUAUUACAGGUGCAGACAAUCCAGUGGUAUUGUAUGUGAGUGGAGGGAACACUCAGGUUAUCGCAUAUUCCGCUCAACGCUACAGGAUCUUUGGAGAAGCAUUGGAUAUUGCGGUUGGAAAUUGCUUGGACAGAUUCGCAAGAGUACUAGGAAUCUCCAACGACCCUGCUCCGGGCUACAACAUUGAGCAGCUGGCCAAGAACGGCAAAGUGCUGUUGGAUCUGCCAUACGCUGUCAAGGGAAUGGAUGUCAGUUUCUCCGGUAUUCUCGCAAAAGUGGAAGAAAUGGCUGGCAAGCUGGGAAAGGACUGGGUAGAUUCUGAGAGUGGAGAGAAGGUCACAAUGGAAGAUUUAUGCUUCACGCUGCAAGAGACGGUAUUCGCCAUGCUGGUGGAGAUCACAGAACGUGCAAUGGCCCACGUGGGAAGCACACAAGUACUAAUUGUGGGUGGCGUUGGAUGCAACUUGAGAUUGCAGGACAUGAUGGGCAUCAUGGCUAGCGAGAGGGGCGGCAGCGUUUUUGCAACGGACGAGAGGUUCUGCAUCGACAAUGGCAUCAUGAUCGCGCAUGCUGGUCUGCUGGCCCAUGAGAUGGGCUACCGGACGAAGAUGGAAGAGAGCAUUUGCACUCAGCGAUUCCGGACGGAUGAAGUGAUAGCUGAGUCCGGCAUCGCGGCUACUAUACCAGAGCCCGCGGCACUCUGCCCCAACUCUCCUUCUUUCUUCCACAUCCCCAUCAGCUUUCUUGUCUACCCAGCAAACAAGCAUACCGCUCUUUUCUUGUCUACCCAGCAAACAAGCAUACCGCUCUCUUCCACCACCUUCAAGGCCAACCCAAUACCAUCAACUACGUACCAUCACAUCAGCAAGAUGUCUGCUCCCAGCACCCCUUCCGCGACCGCAGCCCCGGAGAAGUCCGACUUCUCUGAGCGCGACACCAAGCUUCUCGUCGCUGCCAUGCUCUCACUCAAGUCCGGCGCUCCGGAGAUCGACAUCACCAAGUUCGUCAAGAACGGCGAGUUCAAGACCGCCAAGACCGCGCAGAACACCUGGGGCGUUCUCAAGAAGAAGCUCGCUGCGCUCAACCCCGCCGCUGAGGGCGAUGACGAGGCUGUCGAUGGUGCUCCCGCCACUCCCGUCACCCCGAAGACCAAGGCUAAGGCCACCCCCAAGAAGCGUGUGAAGAAGGAGUCCUCCGAGGAUGCUUCCGGUGGUGAUGCCGACGGCGACGAUCAGCCAUCUCAGCCCAAGAAGCAGAAGACCCCGCGUGUCACUGCUGCGCAGAAGAAGGCCGAGGCCGCUGCUGCCGCCGCCGCCGCUGGUGGUGAAGCCCCCGCUGAGUCCACCGGCUCACCCAUCAAGAAGAAGACGCCUCGCAAGGCUGCCGCCAAGAAGAGUGCUGCCGCGGUUGUCUCUGAGGACGGUGAGAAGGAGGCUGGAGCCAAGGCUGAGGACAAGGACGGAAAGGUCGCCGAGACUGCCGAGGAGGAGGUCGCUGCUGCUGCCACCGAGGAGGAUACCGAGGAGGCUUCCGGCGACGUCAAGAUGGAGGACGAGUAGCUUACCGGCUUUCUCUUUCUCUUCACCUCUUCGCUGAUCUUUCAGCGUGAUUUGCAUUUUCAAAAGCGCGGGUUCGAUACAAAAGAUGGCAUGAAACGAGGCUGACGACGACACGAUUACGAGAACCGGUUGGACAUGGCGUUUGGAUCUUGGGAAUUGGGUGCCUUUGAGGGUUCUUUCAAGAUAGGUCGGAGUUGCUCUGCUGAAGACUCAUGUCUCUCGGUGAGCUCCGGCUACAAUACGAAUCAACGCUUUUUCAAAUUGUUAUCUCUUCGGUGUGUGAUGUGUGACAGAGUGAAGUUCCACGUUUGCCUUGGCACAGUCUUCAGGGGUAACAGGAGCUCUCGCUGAGGCGAUUGGACAUGAU